GAGAGUCGAUGAGAAACAAACCCGAACAGCUCUGUGUGUCACACUCGAAUACAUCGCAUCCACAGCUAUGACCUAGGCGCGGAUCGUCGCUGUCAAGACAAGCGCAACAUCGGAGAGAGCAAUUACGCAUGGUUCUGAUAGAGAAUGAAUGCGAAGCUGUAUCCAACAAUUCCAAAACGCCCGGUUGGUCUCAUUUUGCUACCAUUAGAGCAUCAAUAGGAUUACCAUAAGUGAACGACGAGAACGGAGCACAGUGGAAACAAUUGAGGAAUAAGAGAUUUUGCACCAAUAAUUGAAUAAUUUACUUUUCAUCAAAACACAAAUAUUUGUAUAUAUUUGGAGGUGUAUUUCCAAGACACAUACAUUAAAGCACGGAUAGCCGUCAUUAGGUCCACUUGGAUUUGAUCAUAUUGACACUUUAUUAGUUAUCCUGAUGGAAACUGCUUCAAAAGCUCGUCGGCUAUCCAAUGUGUCCACGGCAUCUAACGUGUCCAAUGUGUCCACGUCCAGCGCUGGGACUGAGGUAGGACAGAGCGAUGUGCAGAUUUGGGGGGACAGACCUUUACCUGUCGACUACCUUGGUGACGUCUCGAUCCUGGAUGACGGAAGAUGGUCGAACUCUAGCGUGAAGAAACAUCACCACAAGCACAACCUGAAGCACCGCUACGAACUGCUGGAGACACUGGGGAAAGGGACUUACGGCAAGGUGAAGAAAGCCAUCGAGAGACAAUCCGGCAAAGUGGUGGCCAUUAAGUCCAUCAGGAAGGAGAAGAUCAAGGAUGAUCAGGACAUGGUUCACAUCCGCAGAGAGAUCGAGAUCAUGUCCUCCCUCAAACACCCUCACAUCAUCUCCAUCUACGAAGUGUUUGAGAACAAGGACAAGAUAGUGAUCGUGAUGGAAUACGCCAGUAAGGGAGAGCUGUAUGAUUACAUCAGCGAGCGACGGCGGCUGAGCGAGAGAGAGACACGACACUUCUUCAGGCAGAUUGUUUCUGCCGUGCACCACUGUCACAAGAACGGAGUGGUGCACAGGGAUUUAAAACUGGAAAACGUGCUGCUGGAUGAAAACUGUAAUAUCAAGAUUGCUGACUUUGGUCUGUCCAACCUUUACCACAAAGACGAGCUCCUUCAGACGUUCUGUGGCAGCCCUCUGUACGCCUCACCAGAGAUCGUCAACGGCAGGCCCUACCAUGGUCCAGAGGUAGACAGUUGGGCCCUGGGAGUGCUUCUCUACACCCUGGUCUAUGGGACCAUGCCCUUCGAUGGGGAAGACCACAAUAAACUAAUCCGCCAGAUCACCAACGGAGAGUACAGGGAACCUACACAGUCCUCAGAUGCUCGUGGUCUGAUCCGCUGGAUGUUGAUGGUUAACCCGGAGCGUCGAGCCACGGUGGAAGACAUUGCCAACCACUGGUGGGUCAACUGGGGCUGGAAGACCACUGUGUGUGACUGUGACAUCCAGAAUGACAACAGUGGCUGCACCUCUUCUCCAACGCUAGCACGCUUUAUCGACUGGCAGAACCGCACCACAGAGUCACCCAGGGUGGCGCCGGUCAAGCCUCCCCGCUCGGAACCCCCAGCCGUGCCCCCCCAUGCUGGCCGCCAGCGCCUGAGGAAGUCCAGGAAGGAGAAUGAUAGCGGAGCGCUCCACCAUCACACCGCGUGGGAAGACAAAGACAAAGACAAACCAGGACUGAAGAGGCCCAAGGGGAUCCUGAAGAUGCAUGUGUCUGAGCAGAGGUCCCACAGCCUGGGGGAGAUCGAGCUGAGUCGCUCCCUGCACUUCCACGAGGGAAGGGAGCUGCCCUCCAGCCCCGAGAGGGAUGAGGAGGAGGACGAUGAUCAGGAUCGCCUGGGGGUCUCGCCGGCCAAGAUGGUGCCCACCCUCCCCAAGAAGGGCAUCCUGAAGAACAACCAGCAGCGGGAGUCUGGCUACUACUCCUCCCCAGAACGCAGUGAGUCCUCUGAACUGCUAGGGGGCAGCACCUCCAUGGCCCCACCCGCCAGCUCACCAACAAAGAGGUCCAUGGGAAGAAAGGGCAUAUUGAAGCGUAAUGGGAAGUACGGCAACUCCACUUCCUUCCACAGUGGCUUGUCCAAUAUGGGCUACCACGGAGAGACUCAGGGGGACUCAGGCCUCUCUCGCAGCCAGAGUAGACCCUCCAGUAUUGUCUCUGAGGAGAUGGGUCUCUCCAGUGUUCCUCCCUUAAUGGGAAUGGAUUGGUCUCCCUCGUCCCCGCAGCCCAACGUCAGGGCCUGUAUGUCGGCUGAGGAUCUACUCCAGCUGGCAGGCUUCAGACGAGGCCUCCAGACGGCUGCAGGGGGGCUCCAUGGGGGGAAGGUGGGGACCCGAGGGACACCAGGGUCUCCUGGGGACGACGGAAGCUUCUCUCUGCUAGGAGACAUGGAUGAUAUGACCCAGGUCUACCAACACGCCCUGGACAUCAGCAGCAAACUGACCUAGGGGAGGUGGAGUUGGGGAGUUAGGGCGAUGGGAAGGGAAGUUACAUGGGAAGGACAGACACUCACACUAGAACCCUAAUUUCUGUGUUGUGAACUAGGCGUUCCAGCCAUCUUAACGUAUUGAAUCUACCCUCUCAGAGGCAGUGCUGCUGUAAAUCAUUAUAUGUUCAAUAGAGCUAAAUAAGUAUUGUAUUAUAUGUCACUCAGAGACACAAACCAUGCUGUGGUGAAGCUCAUGGAAAACCUCCAUUAGGUUUCCUAAUACACCUUUAGAAGAAGGACUGUUGUCUCUGAAUCCACUUACGUAAUGGAUAUGUAGGCCGAAUAUUCAUGUUUUCUCAAUGUAAUGGACAGUUAGGACUACUGUUCAUGUUAUCUCAAUGUAAUGGACAGUUAGGACUACUGUUCAUGUUAUCUCAAUGUAAUGGACAGUUAGGACUACUGUUCAUGUUAUCUCAUUGUAAUGGACAGUUAGGACUACUGUUCAUGUUAUCUCAAUGUAAUGGACAGUUAGGACUACUGUUCAUGUUAUCUCAUUGUAAUGGACAGUUAGGACUACUGUUCAUGUUAUCUCAAUGUAAUGGACAGUUAGGACUACUGUUCAUGUUAUCUCAAUGUAAUGGACAGUUAGGACUACUGUUCAUGUUAUCUCAUUGUAAUGGACAGUUAGGACUACUGUUCAUGUUAUCUCAAUGUAAUGGACAGUUAGGACUACUGUUCAUGUUAUCUCAAUGUAAUGGACAGUUAGGACUACUGUUCAUGUUAUCUCAAUGUAAUGGACAGUUAGGACUACUGUUCAUGUUAUCUCAAUGUAAUGGACAGUUAGGACUACUGUUCAUGUUAUCUCAUUGUAAUGGACAGUUAGGACUACUGUUCAUGUUAUCUCAACGUAAUGGACAGUUAGGACUACUGUUCAUGUUAUCUCAUUGUAAUGGACAGUUAGGACUGUGUGUUAUCUAUUUAUAUUGUUGAAACAGACAUAUAUUGCCUGUGUGUUUUGGUCAUUUCAAGACGUACUGUAGUGUAUGUACCCUUCAAGGAAUGGUACUGAAUAAUAGUAUUACUUGAUUGAAUUGACAUGAAAUCCAUACGUGAUAUUUGUCCUAAUCCAGCAGGACAUCUAUUGUACAGUAUCACAGUGGGAAGGAUUAAGAGCACACCGUGUGUAUUGAUAUAAGUCUACUAUAUUGGCCAUCCAAAGGAAGUGCCUUUAUUAGUGCUAUGUUAUCAUGUACUGUAUUUCCUGAAGGUUUAUGGAGGAACAGUUAGAUAACCAACAAAACUCACCACAUUAGACACUACUAUAGGGAGACGAUUCACAGAGCUGUGACCACGCACUCUCCUGAGUCUAAACAACUAGGACUUGUUCAUGUUCGUAACCAUUUGGUUUCACAGUAGAACUGCAGUUGUUUUGGAAAUGGGACUGAAAGACAGAACGACUGAAAGAACAAAAGAAGGGUGGAUAGACUUGUAGUCAAAACUUAAGUAGAUUCACAGAGUUGUGGCUACAAGCUCUCCAGUCUACAUGAUUAGGUCAUGUGUAGGUCGUAUGAUAUUGAACUGUAGUUGUUUUAGAAAGAGAAAUAGUGAAAAAAACAAGGGGUAGAUAGACGUGAGUUAGUGGGAGGGGUUAACGGGUUGGUUGUGGAGGUCUUGUUUGUGGAGGGAAGUUGGGUGCUGGCCAAGGCUGUUACACCUCUUCCUCCCCAGACUGAAGACUCAGAGUGGAGCGAGAAAAGAGGGGGCUACUAGAGAGAGAGAGAGAGAGAGAGAGAAAUAUAGAAAGAAAGAAAGAGAGAGGGAUUGUAGCUUAGUGUAGCUGGGAAAAGAAAGGGGUAGUAGAGAGAGAGGUUGAGUGAAAAAGGUCAAAUGGAAAGAAUGUUUGGAAGGGUAAAAGGAAUUAUGUUUCAGCUGACCAAAUAAGUUCAGCUUUAAAUUGGGAAGAUAUACAGUUCAACACAUUGCAGUCAUUGCAGUCAUUGCAGCUGAAAGUCAUUACAGUCAUUGUAGCUGAAAGUCAUUGCAGCUGAAAGUCAUUACAGUCAUUGUAGCUGAAAGUCAUUACAGUCAUUGCAGCUGAAAGUCAUUACAGUCAUUGUAGCUGAAAGUCAUUACAGUCAUUGUAGCUGAAAGUCAUUGCAGCUGAAAGUCAUUACAGUCAUUGUAGCUGAAAGUCAUUACAGUCAUUGCAGCUGAAAGUCAUUACAGUCAUUGCAGCUGAAAGUCAUUACAGUCAUUGCAGCUGAAAGUCAUUACAGUCAUUGUAGCUGAAAGUCAUUACAGUCAUUGCAGCUGAAAGUCAUUACAGUCACUGUAGUUGAAAGUCAUUACAGUCAUUGUAGCUGAAAGUCAUUACAGUCAUUGCAGCUGAAAGUCAUUACAGUCAUUGUAGCUGAAAGUCAUUACAGUCAUUGCAGCUGAAAGUCAUUACAGUCAUUGCAGCUGAAAGUCAUUACAGUCACUGUAGCUGAAAGUCAUUACAGUCAUUGUAGCUGAAAGUCAUUACAGUCAUUGCAGUCAUUGCAGCUGAAAGUCAUUACAGUCACUAGCUGAAAGUCAUUACAGUCACUGUAGCUGAAAGUCAUUACAUUCACUGUAGCUGAAAGUCAUUACAGUCAUUGUAGCUGAAAGUCAUUACAGUCACUGUAGCUGAAAGUCAUUACAGUCACUGUAGCUGAAAGUCAUUACAGUCACUGUAGCUGAAAGUCAUUACAGUCACUGUAGCUGAAAGUCAUUACAGUCACUGUAGCUGAAAGUCAUUACAGUCACUGUAGCUGAAAGUCAUUACAGUCAUUGUAGCUGAAAGUCAUUACAGUCAUUGUAGCUGAAAGUCAUUACAGUCACUGUAGCUGAAAGUCAUUACAGUCAUUGUAGCUGAAAGUCAUUACAGUCACUGUAGCUGAAAGUCAUUACAGUCACUGUAGCUGAAAGUCAUUACAGUUACUGUAGCUGAAAGUCAUUACAGUCAUUGUAGCUGAAAGUCAUUACAGUCAUUGCAGCUGAAAGUCAUUACAGUCAUUGCAGCUGAAAGUCAUUACAGUCAUUGCAGCUGAAAGUCAUUACAGUCAUUGUAGCUGAAAGUCAUUACAGUCACUGUAGCUGAAAGUCAUUACAGUCAUUGUAGCUGAAAGUCAUUACAGUCACUGUAGCUGAAAGUCAUUACAGUCACUGUAGCUGAAAGUCAUUGCAGCUGUAAGUCAUUGCAGCUGAAAGUCAUUACAGUCACUGUAGCUGAAAGUCAUUGCAGCUGUAAGUCAUUGCAACUGAAAGUCAUUACAGUCACUGUAGCUGAAAGUCAUUACAGUCAUUGUAGCUGAAAGUCAUUACAGUCACUGUAGCUGAAAGUCAUUACAGUCACUGUAGUUGGCACUACACAACCUUGAUAGAACAGCAGUGUGUUAGCUCACUGUGAGUGUUACAUAUAGAUGGCCUUCUCUCUCUACAGCCUGUGUGCUGCUGGACCAGUUAUAUGUGCUCUAUGAAGCGUGGCUUGGUGAGAGGGCAUAACCUUCAGUACCACUCUAGAACAGAAAUAACCCAGGCAAUUAUAUGUUUCAGUGUGUUUGGGUUUCUCAAACACCACACGGUUGUUAAAAUGUCUGGAUUUGUGUCCCAAAUGGCACCCUAUUGAAUGCAGUUCUAUGGGCCCUUUGUGAAAAGGAGUGCACUACAUAGGGAAUGGGUUGCCAUUUGGGACCACAGACCCAGACAUUUAAACAACCGGGUGGUGUCCGAGAAACCCAAACACACUGAAACAUAUUAGUGUUGAGAAAUCAAUGGAGCCCCACUGUGGAAAUGUCACAUAUGCCAACGGAUAGCUCAUCAAAAUAAAUCAAAAUCAGCCAAUGAAUGCUUCUGAAAGGUCAGGGGUCUUUAUGGCUCAGGGCCCAGAGUAUUACCAUAACAACCCACAGUCUUGUUAAGUAUUGUUUGGCCUUUUUGUAUUGUAUGGACUGAAAAUGUAUUUUUUAACUGGAUUUUACAGUGCUGAAAAAUGAUACUAUGUUAGUAUUUUCAUAGGAUUUGUUUUUAAUCAUGCUUCUGUUUUUGAUUUUUCCAAAAUAUAGAAACAUUGAAUGGUUUUAUUUUAUGGGCAGAGGAUGUGUACCAGGUCUGCUUUAAUAACUGGAAGGGGUCCUGCCUCCUAUGAAAACAGGGUUAGCAGUAUGUGUGUAUAAGGGACUGAAGAGGUUAAAGUUCAACAACAGUAAAGAACAAGUUGUAAACACACAAGUGAUUCUCUGGAAGUCGUAAGACUGAAAACACACACAUGCACGUGCCUGCGCGCGCACGCGUGCGCGCACACACACACACACACACACACACACACACGUAGAAUGUAAUGGAAAAGAAAGGGGUGCCAUCAAGUCUCAACAGGUCUAAGAGCCUCCAAGCUGCCCUCUGCCUAACUAGACAAAACAGAUGUUAGCCUACAUCUGUUUGUUAAAAUAUGUCAUAUAACUAUAGGAAAACUUGACUAGAUAUUAUCUUAUGAUAAAGUAUUAUAAUGUUAUUUAAGCUUUAUUUUGCUGCUGUCUAUUAAUAGUGAAGUUAUUACUGUACUGUAGUUACUAUCUUGUUAUCUAGCUUUUGUUUGUUACCAUCACAGAUGUGCUGUUCUGGUUUUUAUAAAAACUGUUUCAGAUUGUGUAAUAGCGUUGUUCUCUACUGCGUAUUACAGUGGAAAUCAUGUUUGUAGUCAGGAGAGUGAGGAAACCACAGAUUCUCACAAUAUCUUCUUUCUGCAUCAUCUCAAAUAAACAGCUCCAUUUAAAA